AUGAGCUCAACGUUCAACGACCACCAUCAUCCCCACCAUCCAAAGAGAGAACCAAAUGACAACUCCGGCGCCGGUGUCGGAAUCGUAUAUCCUCCGUCGCCGUCGCCGUCUCCGUUGCUGAAACUUAACAAAGACUCUCACGUCAUCAAAAAGCCACUAUCUCCAUCGUCUUCGUCCUCCGCGGCGAAGCCACGCCAGCCGGUGAUCAUCUACACAAACACCCCCAAAAUCAUACACACUAAUCCAAAAGAUUUCAUGGCUCUUGUUCAAAAACUCACAGGAAUGUCCCGCUCCGACGAAGAUCCCGGCGGCAACGCGACAACGGAUCGUGGAGGAAAGUCAAUCAACCGGAGCGUCUCCGAUCUGACCGUCGACAGAAAAAUGAAUCGGAAUCGCAGCGGUGGCGCCAACACCAGCUACAACAGAAGCUACUCCGGCGCCGGAGCCGGUACCGGAAGGGGGAUGUUCUUCAACAAUGCGACGAUUAGCGAAGAUAGCGAAUCGUCGUCGGUGAUAACAACGGAUGAGAACAUGGGAGAGCAUGGACAGGUCAAUUCGUCUCUGCCGUAUUCAUCGGUGUCUAUUCCUCCACCACCUCAUCCUCCUCCGCCGCCGCCACCGGCUCCGUCGAUGUACGAUGCGACCGGGAUUAACUAUGGCAAUUACUUCCCGGCGUUUCCGAUUUUCCCGCCGGCGAAUCCAGCCGAUAGUUUUCUGUGCGGGAAUCAACCGUUUGCGAGUUUUGAUGAUCCGCUUUACUUCGCGCCCAACAUGAGAAGCUCUUUCUCUUCUUCUUCCUCUUCUGGCUUCGAUGGCUUGACGGAGUUUCGCGACUUUUAA